GUGUAACAUAAACACGUGUAAUGCCAGCAUGAUCAUUACCGCAGCACAAGUCCUGUUGAUCAUCGUAAGAUGGGUAUUUCAUUUGGUUCCUCUCACGAAAGGCUACAUACCAGAGCCGGGGAGAUUCCUCCGGACUUUACUAACCCUGACGUUCCAUGGUGACAAACUAAAGAAACUCGAGUUCCUUACGGAAUACUAUUUCUACUAUGGACUGUUCAAGUUUGAUGCCAAGAUUUACAUUUUUAAUCCGAAACUAGCACAGCAUGCUAUAUAUAAACUUGAAAAGGGAGCGGAACAUUAUUUAGAAAAUUCACCUUUAAAGAACACGUUCCUUGGAUCAUCACAGAAAAGUCCCGAAACAAGGCGCGCUAUAGCGUCAUUAUUCCGAAAAACUUCAAUUGAGGAACGCGCUGCUAUAAUGAUAAGCGACAUACAGAAAAUGUGUACAAUAUUCAAGAAAGAUCCGAAGGGCAUCGUAAACGUCACACAAUGGACUCUUCGGAUGGCAUUGGACAUUGUCGGCCAUGUCUUACUUGAACUUGAUCUUAACGGUUUGGAAAAGAAGCAAGAGAAAAUGAUUUCUUCGAUGUUGACGAUUUUGCAUAGAUGUUAUGCCAUGGGAGAAAUAUCAUCAGACAGUAAAGAGUUCUCUGACGCAAACGAAGAAUUUGAUGCCAUCACACAAAGGGUUUUAGAGGAAGCACUCAGCAUUGAUAACGUCACAAUUAAGGGAAAACGACUGGUCAACUCACUGCACGACGCAUGCGGAUUCAGCGAAGCCAAAGACAACAUGAAAUUGUUUUUGAUGGCGGGAACCGAGACCACCGCCUCUACUAUUCCUGUGGUGAUGUAUCUAUUGGUCAAAUACCCACAUAUACAGGAAGAGUUACGACAGGAAGCGGAAGAGCUCCUUGAAUCUUUGGUGGCGGAUCCCACCACACCUUUACCUAAGACAGAGAGCGUACUGACCGAGGUGCUCCGAUUGUACCCGAUUGCACCGUUUAUCAGCAGACAGAAUUACGAGCCGGUAACUCUCGGUGACGUCAACCUGAAACAACAUGCUGACGUCAUCAUAUUUACUUGGGGAAUUCAUCGCAGCCCGCAUUAUUGGGAUAAAGCAAAGGAAUUUGUUCCCUUCCGAUUUCUAAACACAAGCAAAACUUCCGGAAAUAUGUUCAUUCCGUUCGGUGCAGGUUCUCGAGUGUGCAUUGGACAGCAUCUGGCUUGGCUGGAACUGAGGCUCGCCGUAGCUAUGUUGUUAUAUCAGUUUAAGUUUGAGCAUGCGCAGGAGACACCAGAACUGAAUUUUGUGGUAGACUGGGCGCAUGCUGUUGUGCAUCCAGAUAAAGACAUGAUCUUUAAAAUUACACCAACACAGAACGACCCCAUCACGCUCUCAUGACAUUAUAUAGUGAUAAAAUAUUGUUAUCGUGUUAUUUUGAUGAUGUCAGUGUUUGCUCUUUUUGAGUUUAUUGUCUAUCUGAAUCAGGAUUUUGUUAAUAAGCGUUUGAAUUGUGAACAGUACAUUUAGAGUCAGAUUUGAUUUAAAAAAAAAUACAGCAUUUGAUGCCA